AUGAAGGAAGAACGGAAGGAGGACGGAAGGAGGGAAGGAGGGACGGAAGGAAGCAUCAGCCAGUCAGUGUGCAACCACCGACGACCGUCCUCGUUCAGAUGAUGCUACUUCACGAAGUACUGCCGAGAGAUGUGUGAUAAACUGAGUCUGUCCGGCUGGGUGAAGAAUUCCCGGACGGGCAGCAUCGUCGGCAAGAUCCAGGGGGAACGGGACAAGGUCAACGAAAUGACCAUGUGGCUGUCGAAGCAGGGGAGCCCUGGAUGCCGGAUCGAACGCUGUGAAUUCCGCAACUGGGAACUCAUUGUGAGGCCAGAUUUCAGGAAUUUCAGCAUCCGAUUCUGAUCAUCUCAUCCGCCAUAGGAUGCUUUUCCUCUUUCUCGAUUGCUUUUUUUUUGCAAGAACCUCCGGUGAAGUUCCACCAUUUUUUAGACAGACAGUGUUGCCAGAUGAGUGACUCCCCCCGCCCCGCCCCGCCCCGCGAGUUUCGUGCGAGACCAUAGAAAAGUGCUUCUCCUCUGUCGCCACAAGGUAUAGCCGAGGAAUCCAGAAGACAUAGAAGACAUUUGGGAAGGCAAGGAAGUUUUCAGCGCCAUUCGGCAGGCGAAAAAAUCGCUUCAUUAAAGAGUCCUUAUUCAUAUCCUUCA